AUGGGUUCUUGCAAAGACCCGAUACCUACUUGUGGGUUCAUUGAAGGGCCUAUUAUCGUAGGAGCAGGACCAUCCGGUCUCGCAGUAGCUGCUUGCUUAUCCAACCAUGGCGUCCCUUCUCUGAUUCUUGAGAGAAGUAACUGCAUAGCUUCUCUAUGGCAGCACAAAACUUACGACCGGCUCAAACUUCAUCUUCCCAAACAGUUUUGCCAGCUUCCUCUCAUGGGGUUCCCUAAGCACUUCCCCAAAUACCCCACAAAGGAACAGUUCAUCGAGUACAUGGACUCCUAUGCUUCUCACUUCUCUAUCAAGCCGAGGUUCAACCAGGCCGUCCAAACCGCUGCGUUUGAUUCGGCUUCGGGGCUUUGGAGAGUUCAGACCCAAGAUUUCGAGUACAUUUCCCGGUGGCUUAUUGUGGCCACCGGAGAAAAUGCAGAGCCAGUGAUUCCCGAUAUUCAUGGGGCUGAUAAGUUUAAAGGUCGGAUUCUUCAUACCAGUGAGUACAAAUCUGCAAAGGAAUUGAAAAAUCAAAGGGUUUUGGUUAUUGGGUGUGGCAAUUCUGGUAUGGAAGUCAGCUUAGACCUUUGCGGAGAAAAUGCAAUCCCUCAUAUGGUUGUUAGGAACACUGUGCAUGUUUUACCAAGGGAGAUGUUUGGCUUUUCGACCUUCCAGAUAGCAAUGACACUUCUUAAAUGGAUUCCAGUAAAACUCGUGGACCGGAUUCUUUUACUGGCUGCUAGUUUAACUCUUGGUAACACUGAUCAAUUGGGCCUCCGGCGGCCCAAGACUGGUCCAAUCGAGCUCAAAGCCGCCACCGGAAAGACUCCGGUGCUCGAUGUUGGAGCACUGUCACAAAUAAAAUCCGGCAAAAUAAAGGUAGUUGAGAAUGUGAAGGAGAUAACAAUAAAUGGAGCUAAAUUUAUGAAUGGACAAGAAAAGGAGUUUGAUUCUAUUAUCCUAGCAACUGGAUUCAAGAGCAAUGUGCCUACUUGGCUCAAGGGUUGUGAUUUCUUCACCAAAGAAGGAAUGCCCAAAGCGCCUUGCCCUAGCUGUUGGAAAGGAAGUGAUGGACUUUACACGGUUGGCUUCUCAAGGAAAGGCCUCUCCGGGACGGCAUACGACGCCAUUGAGAUAGCAAAAGACAUUGCUGACCGUUGGAAGACAAACAAGGACUGCAAGAGUAGUAUUACUUCUUGUGAUUCCCAUGUCAUCCUACUCAAAUGA